AUGUCCAGCACCGUCUCUACCACGUCCCGUGUAGUUCCAGCGACCGGAGACACUAUGGCAGCUGCUCUCUGGCCUGUCAACACACACACCCACGUCAACAAGGAGCAGAGGACAUCAGGAGACAAGGAGCAGAGGACAUCAGGAGACAAGGAGCAGAGGACAUCAGGAGACUGGAGACAAGGAGCAGAGGACAUCAGGAGACAAGGAGCAGAGGACAUCAGGAGACUGGAGACAAGGAGCAGAGGACAUCAGGAGACAAGGAGCAGAGGAAAUCAGGAGACAAGGAGCAGAGGACAUCAGGAGACUGGAGACAAGGAGCAGAGGACAUCAGGAGACUGGAGACACGGAGCAGAGGACAUCAGGAGACAAGGAGCAGAGGACAUCAGGAGACUGGAGACAAGGAGCAGAGGACAUCAGGAGACAAGGAGCAGAGGACAUCAGGAGACAAGGAGCAGAGGACAUCAGGAGACUGGAGACACGGAGCAGAGGACAUCAGGAGACAAGGAGCAGAGGACAUCAGGAGACAAGGAGCAGAGGACAUCAGGAGACUGGAGACACGGAGCAGAGGACAUCAGGAGACAAGGAGCAGAGGACAUCAGGAGACAAGGAGCAGAGGACAUCAGGAGACUUUAG